AUGGAUGUAGAAAUCCCCCAUCCCGGCCCUUCCUCUCAACCGCUGGACCUCCCUACCGGGCCACAGAGCACCUCUGACAGGACAUCACGAUCCAAACCAAGGAAAAGGGAGCGGAAGUCCAGCAGAUCAGACCGCAAUUCCAGAAAGCAGACCGAAGGACCAGCUAGGAUGGUGGAAGCACCCAGGAAAAGAAGACACUCUUCCAGGGACUCCAGUCAGGCCAGAACAGGAAGUGAGGGCAGCUCCCAGGGGAAAAAGAGACGCAAGACUUCCGUGAAGAAGGCCGAGCCAAAAGCCAAAGGUCACCGAGAUGGAUUAGCCCAUUGCCCAGAACCUCGAGACACAGACCCACCACCAAUUCGCAAGCGCCUGGUNAACUUUCUGCGGGACAAGACUGAGGAGAUUUAUAGAGACACAGUCCAGAUGCAGGCGCAGCAACAUGGCUCCCGGCUCAGCCCUGAGCAGCUCUCUCAGCUCAGAGAGCUCUCAGAGUCUCUGACUGCCAUGGUGGGCACCUUCUACAGCAUGGCCAACCAGGCAGGCUUCGCCUUCCCUGCUGAGGGCUGGCUUGUCCCAGCCCCCAUGCCUGCCCAACAGGAGCUGUCUGGCAAUAAAUCUCAGAGUCCUUUGGUGGAGGGAGGAGAGAAGAUCAAAGUUCCUGCCAGCCCAGCACACAAGUCCUGA